UGCAACAUCUUUUUCAACCCAGUUUCUAUCUGGGAUUUCAAUAUCUUUGAAAAAAGUUUCUAUUUUUAGGCCUGGAAUAUCAUUUUUAUCAUAAUUUCCAUCUGGGAUUUCAAAAUAUUGACUUAAUUCACAAGAAAAUCCAUCUGGGUAUUAAAAGAAUGGGUGUUUGUAUAAGCAAAAGCAGAAGUAGUUCAAGAACUGAUGUGGGUGUUACUUAUAAUCAAAGAUCUGAUGAGCCAAAUAUAGUAUACACAAAAUCUCCAGCUCCAGAAGCUCAAAAUCCUGCCCAAAGACAGCCACCACCAGCUAGCCCAAAUAGAGUGUUUAAAUCAGAUAAUAAUACUAUUUUAGGAAAGCCAUUUGCAGAUGUUAAAGAGCAUUACACAAUGGGUAAAGAGUUGGGCAGAGGUCAGUUUGGUGUAACAUAUUUAUGUACACAAAUUUCAAGUGGUCAAAAAUAUGCUUGUAAGUCUAUAUCUAAGAAAAAAUUGAUAACAAAAGGUGAUAAAGAAGAUAUGAGAAGAGAAGUACAAAUUAUGCAACAUUUAAGUGGUCAAGCUAAUAUUGUUGAGUUUAAAGGUGCUUAUGAAGAUAAACAAUCUGUUCAUUUAGUUAUGGAAGUUUGUGAAGGUGGAGAGCUUUUUGAUAGGAUUAUUGCUAAAGGUCAUUAUAGUGAAAGAGCUGCUGCUGGAAUAUGUAGAUCAAUUGUGAAUGUGGUUCAUGUGUGUCACUUUAUGGGUGUGAUGCACCGCGAUUUGAAACCGGAGAAUUUCUUGCUUUCGGAUACGAGUCAGAAUGCUUUGUUGAAGGCAACUGAUUUCGGGUUGUCAGUCUUCAUUCAAGAAGGAAAAUCAUACCGUGAUAUUGUUGGCAGCGCUUAUUAUGUUGCACCAGAAGUGUUGAAGCGCAAAUACGGGAAGGAAAUAGAUAUAUGGAGUGCAGGGGUGAUGUUGUAUAUCUUACUCAGUGGUGUACCUCCAUUUUGGGCUGAGACAGAGAAAGGAAUUUUUGACGAGAUUUUGAAAGGAGAUAUUGAUUUUGAAAGUGACCCAUGGCCAUCUAUUUCGACUAGUGCCAAGCACCUCGUGCAAAGAAUGCUUACACUUGACCCAAAGAAGCGUAUAACUUCUGCUCAAGUUCUUGAGCAUCCAUGGAUUAGAGAAGAUGGAGAAGCAUCAGACAAGCCAAUUGACAGUGCAGUCCUUUCAAGAAUGAAGCAAUUUCGCGCUAUGAACAAACUCAAGAAACUUGCUCUCAAGGUCAUUGCCGAGAAUCUAUCGAAAGAAGAAAUUCAAGGACUAAAAUCAAUGUUCAUGAACAUGGACACGGACAAAAGUGGCACAAUCACCUACGAUGAACUUAAAACUGGGCUUGCUAGACUCGGUUCAAAACUAACAGAAGCAGAAGUUAGACAGCUUAUGGAAGCUGCUGAUGUAGAUGGAAAUGGGUCAAUUGACUACAUUGAGUUCAUCACAGCAACAAUGCAUCGACACAAACUAGAACGUGAAGAAGACUUGUACAAAGCGUUUCAACAUUUUGAUACAGAUGGCAGCGGAUUUAUUACAAGAGAUGAACUAGAAUCAGCAAUGAAGGAGUAUGGAAUGGGUGAUGAAGCUACUAUCAAAGAGAUCAUAUCAGAAGUCGAUACUGAUAACGACGGAAAGAUCAACUAUGAAGAAUUCUGCACAAUGAUGAGAAGUGGAACACAAGGACCAAAGCUAUUCUAAUACCAUUUAAGCUAGAGUUUUCACCGACAAGAUGUAAAGUGAUGAAACUUGAACUUGAACUUGACCUGAUCAGAGUGUGAGUUUGGUUAUUAGGGUUUGAGCUUGCUAUACUUUCUAGUGGAACUAUGUAAACAUCACAUGUACAAUGUUCAUUAUAUAAUUUCCAGUUUCCAUGUAAACAUCCAUGUACAAUGUUAGUUUGCAUCAAUCCAAUUGUUAUUUUCAGGGUGCCAA